AUGGCACAGAAGGAUAUGCGAAGAGCGGACCUGGCGGUCCCGUACGAGGCUCCACCAGUUAAGAAGACUGAUGGUGAUAUCUCUGGUACCAUUGCUAGCACGAUGCCAAUGGCUGCUAUGUUCACUCGCAACAGGUCCUCCCUAGUGUUCACUCUCCAGACGUGGUUAGCCGAAAGUCCAGAUCAGAAAAAGGCAUCAUCUGCCCCAGCAUACAUGUCGGUCUUUAUGUCAGCCAUGGCCGUCGUAGUGAAGAGGCGCCUGCUGACCCAUUUCUCUCACCAGACGUACAUGCCUCUGUUCCUACCGCCUCCUCCAAGCGGUAACAAGGCCCCCCCGGCACCAGCUUCUUAG